AUGGAUCCAGAGGAAGAGAUCAAUGAAAAUUCUGACGACAGUGAUUACGUUGGGAGCGACAUAGAAGAAGGAGAAAUCCGCGAAAUUGUUCUCGCCCUUCCCGCAAUGAGUGUUAGCGAAAGACUCAGUGCGGUCGCGGAUGAAGAAAUUCGUAAGAAAGCCGUCGCAGCGGCUGACUUGGUCGUGGCUGCCGCUCAGGAAGCAGCGGUGGCAGGAGAGAGUGUGGGACAGACGGUUGAUGGAAGUGGCGAGAAAUUGAAGAGGAAGUUAGGGCGACCAAGAAAGGUGAAGACGGACCACGCGGUGGCUGCUGCCGAUGGAGCGUCCAGAGCUGGAGAAGGAGAGGUUACUAAGAAGCCGAGGAAGAAAGGUUCUUCAGUGCUGACUAAUCCUCCUAAAGGUCCUCCCAGAUGUAACAUUUGUAGGAGAAACUUUGGUUCUUGGAAGGCUGUGUUUGGCCACUUAAGGUCGCACAAGAACCGUGGUUAUCACGGUUUUCUGCCUCCUCCAUCAUUUAAUGCGGCCGAGGAAGGGUUUGGUGGAACGGUUGCUGCUUCUUCCAGUGGUGGAGGGUUUGGAUUUGGCACCGGAGGGCUAGGGAUUGACUUGAAUGCUGAUCCAGUGGAGGAAGGGGAGAAAGCGCAAGAAACCGGUUCUGGAUCGGGAACUACUCCGAAGUUUGAUCUCAAUAGGUCUCCACCGCAAGAUGGAGAAGAAGAGGAGAAAGAAGAUAAAGCCGAGUGA